AUGACGGCUCUGAAGGAAAACAGAUCCCUCAAGGCCAUUGCUUUCGGGCGUCACGGGGAUGGCCCCCCACCAGAUCUUUUCCCACCCCAAUUUUUGCUUCCUCCCCUACCAGUAGCGGCAAGAAUGCUAUUGCCUGCUCCUCCGCCACCGCCGGGUCAUCAGCCACCUCGGGGUCGUCAGCGACCGCAGAGGGGAUUUUUGCCUCCACCUCCUCCCGGACCAUUGCCUCCUCCACCACUGCCAUUUCCUGCUCCUCAGCCGUCUCCGCCGUAUCAGCAGUUGUUACCGGCUGCGCAAGCGGCACGGGACAUGUUGAUAAGCAAUUGUAUUGUCGAGCAAAUCACUGUUGAGGGCAAUCCAGACCAGCUCCUUUGUCCUUUCGGGCUCAACAACAAUAGCAGAGUCGUCAGCUUUGCUGAGCUCCCGACCGUAGAUGAUCCAUUGAUAGCACUGUAUCUAAAACUCAAUCAAGCAGGCCGGCAUCAUUUGCUCGAGAGUGGACAAGCGACCCGUCAGGAUUGGAUUGACGCCAUUAGCGACAAUCGAGAUGACACAAAGGUCGUCCACUACUUUCUUUCCCAAAAUCCAUCCCUGUGUGAGGCUGUCUGA